AUGGAUGGAAAAACUUCAAUAUAUCCCGAUGCUGCAACAUUAUUUGCCGGAAUCUGUGCCUGCUUUUUCACGGUUGUUGGAGUCUCUGGCAAUUUGAUUACCAUUCUCGCGUUGGUCAACUCCCCGAAAAUCCGCGGCCAUGCUACCACAGCUUUUGUUUUGUCUUUGUGUAUUUCGGAUUUACUUUUCUGUUCGUUUAGUCUGCCUUUGACGGCGGUUCGUUUCUUUGCCCAGCAAUGGACACUGGGUGAAAGUUUAUGUCGUAUCUUUCCAGUGAUAUUCUAUGGCAAUGUGGCGGUGUCUUUGCUGAGUAUGGUGUGCAUUACGAUUAAUCGUUAUAUCCUGAUUGGCUGUCAUAGCAUCUAUGCGCGAUUGUAUAAGAGGCAGUGGAUCGUGGUGCAAUUGGCCUGUGUUUGGUUUGUGUCGUUUUUGUUGUUGCUGCCACCCUAUUUGGGGAUAUGGGGUGAAAUGGGCCUGGAUGAGGUGACCUUCUCGUGUACCAUCCUCAAGAAAAAUGGCCGAUCGAUAAAAAAGCCACUCUUCCUAUUGGGCUUCCUACUACCCUGCCUGGUGAUAAUUGCCUCGUAUAGCUGUAUUUACAUAAAAGUGUUACAACAAAAGCGAAAAAUGAAUUAUCAUCGACAGAUGGUGAUCAACACGACGAAUAAUGAAAAUCUACCGCAGGAUUCUCGCAAAGAUCGUGAAGACAGCCGUUUGACACUGAUGAUGAUGACCAUAUUUGUGUGUUUCCUCAUCUGCUUCUUACCUUUGAUGUUGGCCAAUGUGGUCGAUGAUGAGCGGAAAACAUCAUACCCCUGGUUACAUAUUGUAGCCUCUGUAAUGGCCUGGGCCUCAAGUGUAAUUAACCCCAUAAUCUAUGCUGCCAGUAAUCGUAAUUAUCGUAUCGCUUAUAUGCGCCUAUUUAGACGAGUGAAAUUUUGGAAUCAAGAUGUCGUCUCCACAAUGCCCAGCAAAACAAAACAUUCCAAGGAGCUAUCGGGUCCCGCACGUAGCACUCCACCGGCUUUGUAUUGUGGAAAUGCCAAUCAUGUCGCUCAAGAACAUUUUCCAACCUAUUCAGUAUAG